AUGGCGGGUCUAGUGCAGCAGAUCAUUCCCAAGAUCUAUGACUGGGACUUCAACGUGUUCGACGUGGCAGGGCGGAGCGGCUCGCGCCCGCUCUUCGCGGUCGUCAUGGCACUGUUGGAAGACCAGGGCCUGCUGGAUGGCUGGAAGCUGGACAGAGCGACAGUGGCCCGAUACUUUGAGGCGGUCGAGGCGGCAUACAACAACAACCCAUACCACAACAACACGCACGCCGCCGACGUGACGCAGACCGCGGCCGUCAUCAUGCGCUUCACCCACGACUUCCUGGCAAUGGCGACGGCGCCGCCGCAGCAGCAGCAGCAGCUGCAGCAGCAGCACCGUGCCGUGGUGGGCGUGGCGCCGGCGCUGGCGCCGCUCCCGCCUACGGCAGAGGAGGAGGAGGAGGAGGACCGGGGGCUCUCGCGGCUGGAGCGGUUCUGCGUCAUUUUUGCGUCCGCCGUGCACGACCUCGGGCACCCGGGGGUCAACAACGACUUCCUUAUUCGCACGCGCGACAAGCAGGCAGUGAUCUACAAUGACAAGAGUGUGAACGAGAACAUGCAUUGCGCGCGCGCAUUUGAGGUGGCCCUGGAGGCCGAGGGCUGCGACAUUUUUGGCCGGUUCAGCGCGGAGGAGUACGCCAAGGCGCGCUCCCUGAUCGUGGGGAUGGUCCUGUCCACUGACAUGGCGGUGCACUUUGACCUGCUCAAUAAGUUCAACGCCGCGCUGGAGGCGUGCCCCGAGCCGCGGCUGUGGGGCGACAAGGAGCGCGGCUUGGUGCUGCAGAUGCUGGUGCACCUGGCUGACCUGGCCAACCCCGCGCGCCCCUUCUUCCUGGCUGCGGCCUGGGCCGAGCGUGUGGUCACGGAGUUCCUGCGGCAGGGGGACGCGGAGGCGGCGCGCGGGCUGGGGGUGACGCCGUUUUGCGAUAGGCACAAGGUCUGCAUGCCGGCGGCGCAGCAGGGCUUCGUGAAGAUGUUUGCAGGGGUGAGCUGGGGUGAGGCUGGGGAGGGACGGUGA